AUGUCGCGCCCGAAAGAACACAUCAUCUUCCUGACGGGACCGACGGGCACCGGCAAGACGACGAUAGCAAAGCACAUCACCGACGCCCUGGACAUGACCUUUAUCGAAGGCGACGAUUACCACCCGAAAGAAAACGUGGAAAAGAUGCACAGGGGCGAGCCGCUCACCGACUCGGAUCGUUGGGGCUGGCUCGACACGCUGCGCGACGAGGCCCUCAAGGAGCUGGAGCGCGACGGGCUGCGCGGCGUCGUGGUGACCUGCUCCGCGCUGAAGCGGGGCUACCGCGACGAGCUGCGCGGCGCGUCGCACCCGGAGAAGGACAUCUUUGUCAACUUCGUGACGCUGCACGCGCCGGAGGAUGUGCUGUUCGAGAGGGUCAAGAAUAGGCACGGGCACUUUGCCGGCGCGAAUCUCGUGCAUAGCCAGUUCCAGAGCCUGGACCCGGCCCAGGAGGAUGAGGAGGAUGUUGUCGGGGUUGAUGUGCAGCCGCCCAUGGGGGUGGUGAAGGAGGAUGCGUUGAAGAAGGUGAAGGAGUUGAUUAGUAGGUGA